CACCUCGUCGUACGAGACGUUCACAGAUCCUCCUUUGUAGGUAGGCUGGAUCGUUCACUACCAGAAGUGAAGCACCCUCCUAUUUCCUGUGCGGCCCUUGGGGCAAAAUCAGUUUGACACCCCUGUUCUAAAUUAAAUUGACUUUACAUUCUCAAAUAGUUGCCAUAUCAGAGCAGAGGCUGUUCGGUUUGCUCUUUCAUUUGUCCAGGUCAUUUAAAAAUAACCCUGCAAAAAUGUAACAACUCACAGAAAAGAUCUUCGCUGACAUUCCACAGACCUGCCCUAUCCCAUGACGUCACACGGAGCCCUUCCUUCCUGCUCUCUGCUUGCUAGCUUAGCUUCAGCUGUUGUUGGCAGUCCAAGUUUUCUUAUUUUUAUCCUCAGCUAUCCCUUACCGAAGUCAGGUCGUAUUCAGGAACAUUUACAAUAGCCAUAAUAGAAACAGCUGCGACAUAUAGUCCAGGUAAUUUAUGUCAGAAAGGCUUACGAACGUCUGUGACAUGGCCAGACAAGAACAAGUCCUCCAGCUUGAGCCACCACACGAACUGAAAUUUAGAGGUCCAUUUACAGAUGUUGUCACGGCCACCCUGAAGCUAGGCAACCCAACGGAUAGAAAUGUCUGUUUCAAAGUCAAGACGACCGCACCCCGUCGAUACUGUGUCCGUCCAAACAGUGGCAUCAUUGACGCAGGCACCUCAAUCAAUGUGUCUGUUAUGCUGCAGCCUUUCGACUAUGAUCCCAAUGAAAAGAGCAAACACAAAUUCAUGGUGCAGUCCGUGCUUGCUCCGUAUGACAUGACUGACAUGGAAGGGGUGUGGAAAGAGGCAAAGCCAGAGGAGCUGAUGGACUCCAAGUUGAGAUGUGCGUUUGAGCUGCCGCUAGAGAAUGACAAAACUCAUGCCAGUGAAAGCAACACAAAUGUGUCCUCCGCCCCCGUAAAGCCAGAGCUCUCCUCACUCCCUAAGUCGGCCAGCUCCUCCCUGGAUGACGGGGAGGUGAAGAAGAUCACGGAGGAGUGCAAGAGGCUGCAGAUGGAGGUCCAGAGGUUACGGGAAGAGAACAAACAGAUCAGGGAGGACGAUGGUCUGCGGAAGAGGAAAGUCACCUCCAUGGUGUCCUCCCCCCACUCCUCUUCCUCCCAGGCCAUGACGAAGGAGGAGGGCCUAAGUACCCGUGUUCUGGCGCUCUGCGUGCUGUUCUUCGUCAUCGGAGUCAUCAUCGGGAAAUUGGUCCUGUAGACAGCCAGUGGCAGCGUGCUCGGAGGACCGAACAAAACAACAACGGGAUGUAUACUUUUUGUUGUUGUUGCGUAAUGCAACAUCACAAGUUUAUUUGAGUAGUGACAUUUAACAUAAAGCGAAGGUAAAUCAAGAGUCGUCUUGCCUUUUUAAAAUCACUCUAUUCUCCGUCCUUCCACUCCUACUCACACAGAUACAGUACAAAUGAUUGUGUGGGGGAAGUGGCAACGUUGUGAUCUAUAAGUAGCAAUGUGUUCCGGUAAGGCCAAGUCUUUUCCUACUGCAGGAUUAACGUGACAGUUCUGAUGUUGUGUGAAUGUUUUACUCAUUGCUUUUUUUAAGGGAAGGACACUGUAUCUUGUGAGUCGAGAGGCUCCCUGUGAGUUUUAGCAAGAAUGGGUAAUUAUGUAAAUCUAGUCAUCUAAAUCCAUUUGUUUUAUAAAAGGAAUAAUUGGAGGUAACUGAAAAUGAAAUGUUAACCAUUGUUUUGUCCCAAAGAGACCCCUUUCCAAUACAGUAGGUUUCUUUUUAUUUCCAACAGUCAAACUUGUAAUUGGUUUUCAAUAUAUCACAGAAGAUGUACUGUCUCACCGUGCUGCAGUGAAUUAGUUCUAUGCACACUUGUUUAGUGACUGAGGUGAAAGUACAGAAUGACCGACUUGUCCUUUUGGUCGAAGGCCUGGGAUGUGAGUGAUAUCCUCAGGGUCAGUAUGAAAUGGCUGUCAUCUUCAGAGAGAACAACAGUGAUGCAGCUUUUCCAGAUGACGGCAAAUGGCUUAACCUUAGGUGAAGCCUGGAAGUGAUCCAAGUCCUGUAUCUGAUUGCAGCUGAGUAAGAGAAAUAUGCAACAUCCAUUUUUGACAUACAGUACUCUAAAAUAUAACGAUGGGUUUGGACUCAUGACGCUGUAUAUAGUUUGAUAGUCCUUUAUGUUCUUGUGCUUUGCUUCAGUUCUUUUUUGAGUAUCAUGUAAAGGCAUAAUUGUUUGUAAUUAUAUUUGUACGCACUGUAUUCCAAUCAAGUUCUCAUAUAGUGUCUACAAAUAGCAUGGAAAUGACCUCAAUAGUUUUCUUUCUUCCUGUGUCUUAAACACAGCAGAAAAUAUGACUGUCUUCUCAAAAGGGGCCAUCUCGGAACUAGCUAUCGGUUGGGGUGUUCUCUCUUGGCUAGGUUUCUACUGUCUUAGCUGUCUAAAGAAUCAACUGUCCUGUUUGUAUUUAAAAUCACAUUUUUUUUGUAGCUUGGGGGGGGCUUGGAUUGUGGACGGCUGGAUGGAGAAUUGAGCUGUGAACACUAUAUUAAAAACUGCUUUGGCGCUUCAGACCAUCACAUGUAACCACAAUAAUUGGGUACAGUUUUGUAUGUACAUUAAAUAAACAAAAUAUAAUGGAUUGUGUAGCAUCAUAGUAAUGAAUUAAAUGCAUAAGCCCAAAACA